AUGUUCUCCAAACUAGCACAUCUAAAGACCGUGGCUGUGCUCCGUCGAGGAGUUCACAUUUCAGUGGCUUCUGCCACGUCGGUUGCAGCUAAAAAGACAGUGCAAGGCCCUCCGUCCUCUGAGCACAUUUUUGAACGGGAAGCGAAAUAUGGUGCACACAAUUACCAUCCUUUACCCGUGGCCUUGGAGAGAGGAAAAGGUAUCUACGUGUGGGAUGUAGAAGGCAGAAAAUACUUUGACUUCCUGAGUGCCUACGGUGCCGUCAGCCAAGGGCACUGUCACCCCAAGAUUGUGAAUGCCCUGAAGACUCAGACAGACAAGCUGACCUUAACGUCUCGGGCAUUCUACAAUAAUGUUCUUGGUGAAUAUGAGGAGUACAUUACUAAACUUUUCAACUACCAGAAAGUGCUUCCUAUGAAUACAGGAGUAGAGGCCGGAGAGACUGCCUGCAAGCUUGCCCGUCGGUGGGGUUACACUGUGAAGGGCAUUCAGAAAUACAAGGCAAAGAUCAUUUUUGCAGCUGGAAACUUUUGGGGAAGAACAUUGUCUGCCAUCUCAAGUUCCACAGAUCCAACCAGUUAUGAUGGGUUUGGACCCUUCAUGCCAGGUUUUGAAAUCAUCCCAUAUAAUGAUCUUCCUGCACUCGAGAGAGCGCUUCAGGAUUCAAAUGUUGCUGCCUUCAUGGUGGAACCAAUUCAGGGGGAAGCUGGUGUAGUUGUUCCGGACCCCGGCUACCUCGUGGGAGUGCGAGAACUCUGUACCAGACACCAGGCCUUGUUCAUUGCUGAUGAAGUACAGACGGGAUUGUCCAGAACUGGGAGAUGGCUGGCUGUUGAUCAUGAAAAUGUCAGACCUGACAUAGUUCUUCUUGGGAAGGCGCUCUCUGGCGGGUUAUACCCUGUGUCUGCCGUGCUGUGUGAUGAUGAGAUCAUGCUGACCAUUAAACCAGGGGAGCACGGCUCCACCUACGGUGGGAACCCGCUGGGCUGCCGCGUGGCCAUUGCAGCCCUUGAGGUUUUAGAAGAAGAGAACCUCGCAGCAAAUGCAGAAAAAAUGGGGACUCUGUUGAGAAGUGAGCUCCAGAAGCUUCCCUCGGAUGUCGUAGCCACUGUGCGAGGAAAGGGGUUGUUGAACGCCAUUGUUAUCAGAGACACCAAAGAUUACAAUGCUUGGGAGGUGUGUCUUCGACUUCGAGAUAAUGGGCUUCUGGCCAAGCCCACGCAUGGCGACAUCAUCAGGCUCGCGCCCCCGCUGGUGAUCACAGAGGAUGAAAUCCGAGAGGCCGUGGAAAUCAUUAACAAGACCAUCCUGUCUUUCUGAGGGCGAGAACCUCUCUGAGCCCCUGCCAGCGGCUGGGGAGCUUUGCUCUGAACUCGGCGCAUUCCAUCCCACGUGUCUUCAAAACUUUUCUUUUGUUAAGCACAUAUAUAUAUAUUUUUAGUUGAUGCACAACAGGGUGACAUUUGUGAACCUGCUGGAGACUGUCACAUGACUAAGAAUGAAUGCAUCUCGUGUGUGAUUGCCCGUGGAUGUUCAGGUGAACGGCAUCCCUCUAUCUGUAUAUAAACAGCCUUUAAAUCAAAUCUUCAGUGUGAUUUAUACAUUUUUCUUAUAACUUCUUUGCUGGUAUAAAUAUUUUAUAUUUGAAACAAUUACCUGAAUUAUCACAUAAAAGAUUUGCCUCAGUUUAUAAAGUUGAAGACUUGCUUAAGUUUAUAAAGUUGAGUCAUGGUACUCAUUGACUGUUAGAUGACUAAUGGCUAAGCACAUGCUAUAAGAUACUAGUUUUAGAGAGUAAGCUUUAUAUUGGCCAACACCAGGAAUGUAUUGUAUUGAUGCCAUUAUUUUGAAUUAAGAAUCAUUUUUAAGUUUAGAUGCUCAAUUAUAAUCUGUUCAAAAGCUUAUUUCCAGUAUUUCUUUAAACUUAUAAUGAAGCUAAUGUAAAUGAUGGUUUGUGAUCGGCAUUCUGCCAGGGAGGAGAUACCCAACGUCUUUGUACUCCUUCAGCACAUUCUCCCCUUGCCUUUUUUUUUUUGUUGUUUUGUUUUCUGGUAUUUUCGUUCUGUGAUCUAAGGGAAAAUGCAAUAGAAAAUCUAGAGGAAAAGUCUCUAACACUUUCCUGUCAAAGUACUAGCUUUUUCUUACACAUUUGUUAUUAUUUUAAAGUUAUCUUUACAUGAUAUUUUACAACUUUUCUGUCCUUACCCCACAUUAAAAAAAUAGCAUCAAUAAUCUGAUUUUCUUUUUUCUUUUUUUAUUCAAACAGCAUUUUGUAUUUCCGUGUUGGUAAUUCUAAAUAUUUCUCAUUCUCAAAUGAUGGCAGUGUUGGCCAUAGUGUGAGUCACCGAAUGUGGCUGUAUUGUAAGUUCCUCCCAGCGCAGAACCUUUGGGCUUGUUUCCAGGAUUUCACUUUAAAUAAAGCUAUGACUGCUACCUAUUAUAAU